CCGGGUACGAGGCAGAUUCUGAAGACAAUCUCCUGAUCAAUUGGUCGUAAGUUGGUUAUUGACUGUUAAUAUCGAUCAAUUUACAUUAUUUUAUUUGACUUUAUAUCAUAUUGUGACUUUUAAUGUUUAAUAUUAUGUUUUAUAAAUAAGGGUGUGUAUAGUAUAGUUAAUGAACGUAACAGAAUCUAGUUCCGAAAACGACGAACCAAUAGCUCGGCGCACGCGCUCUCACAAUAUAGAUUCUCUAGGUUUUGACUCCGCACGCUGGUGUACAGGUAAUUGUACAUCUCGGGUUGGGAACGACCAUUUUCCGUCUUCAGAUUCAGAUUCUUCUCUCUCGUCAAUAUCUUAUUUAGAAACAGAGUUUCCAGCUUUCCCCACGGGGCCAAUAAUGGUUGAGGAAGCCCAAGCCUUUCAACCUGGUCUUCUUGAUUUAUUGCAAGAAAUGACAGACCGACUACAAGCACAUCAAAAUCAAAUUGCCGGGGCGCCUCCCAGAGCAAGUGGCCUUCAGCCGCCAGUUUUUCACGGUUCCCCUACUGAGGAUUAUGACGAGUGGCUGCAAAAAUUUCAACGUUAUGCCACAUUUAAUGGGUGGACCCCUGACCAACAAUUGAAUGGGUUUGUAAUGUUUCUUAGUGGUAGCGCUUUACGCGUUUAUCAGCGCCAAACAGACGAAAUUCGCGCGGAUUUAGAUGCCAUACAAGACGCUUUAAGACAAGUAUUUGUAUCACCGCACCAACAAUUCCUAAGGCGCCAAGAAUUAAAUAACCGCACGCAGGGUCCAGUGGAACCGCUCGAAAGUUAUCUUGAUGAUGUUGACGCUAGAGCCGCGCGAUUGCAAUUAACGGACGCUGAAACCAUGCAAUGUUUUGUUCAAGGUUUACGCCAGGAUCUAAAAGAACACGUCAUUUUACAAUUACCAGAUACCUAUGCCGCUGCUGUUGAUGCUGAACGUUUGAAAAACUCCCUUUCUUGUUCAUUAAGUUCAAUUUUACCGAAUCAAAGUUCACGCGCUGCUUCAGCUAUAGAUCUUGGUUCAUCGCAAUUAGCAGCACAAACUACGCGCAAUACGCAUACUGAUUCUCCGAACUAUGUUACACGGCAAGAAUUUAUGAGUUUACAAAAUCAAAUUCAGUUUAUGCCACCGAAUAAUCAAAGAGUAGGACCUGCACAACCACCUGCAAAUUCUUACUACAAUUCGCGUAACCGCCGUACCACUGAUGGACGGCCAAUUUGUAAUCGUUGUAAUAAAGUUGGUCAUAUUGCCAGUCGCUGCUUUGCAAAUAUAGAGCGUCCAAACUUUCCUCAGGUUCGUGGGAAUUUUAAUGCUUCCAGGGGUCCGUCAUUUCAACCACAAAAUUACCUGCAAGGACAAAAUGUAAGGAAUAAUUUUCCAAAAAACCAAAAUAUUCGCAGGCCAAACCCGUACGCAACUAGACCUACGCGUUUUCCGGCGUUACCACCACCUCCCCAACCUCCACCCCCUAUGAAUGUUUUAUUACAGGAUAGUGUUUAUACACCCAGUCAAAAUGAACCCUGUUUUCUUUUUGCACGGAAACGUUCUACCUUAAGUGAUACAGUCUUUUAUCCAGAGCUUCGAAAAACAUUUUACUUAACUGUUAGUGGGAAGAUUGGGGGUAUUGAUGCUAACAUUUUGAUUGAUACAGGCUCUGCAAUUACGGUAAUUAACCAAGAUCUUUGGGACAAAGUUCGUGAAAAUUCUAAUUCGUCCUUGAAAACCACAGAAGGACAAUAUCAAACAGCGCAAACUGCAAGCGGCGAAAUUGUUCAUGUUUUAGGCGACGUCAAUCUUGAAUUGUCGUUAGGUAAUGCUACUUAUACGAUCAAAACAUGCGUUUUACCUAAAUUACAUUUUAUGGCUAUUUUGGGAAAGGACUUUCUUGAACGUUUUGAUUGCGUUAUAGAUUUUAAUUCCGGCUAUCUCAAAAUUGCUCGCGAUAAUUUGGUACUGUUCAAUACUUCCAACAUGCAUGAAAUAGAUACUAGUAAUUAUGAUGCAACAUUUGAAACCAAAGAGAUUGUGCAGGAUUCCUUACCAUUCGCGGACAUUGAGCCUGAAAUUCAUGAAGAUUCAGGAUAUUCUGUCCAUGCGGCUGACACUUAUAUCAUUCCACCAAAUUCCGAAUGUGUGAUUCCGGCAACAUUUAAGGACUGUCAUUUAACAGAAACUAUAGGUAUGAUUGAACCAAAUACAAACUUACCUAGACGCUUUAAUGUUUGCGGUGCUUCAGCACUUGUGUCAGUAUCUCCAUCUGGUCUUGUUCCUUUUCGACUAGUGAAUCCUUUUGAAAAACCAAUAAAGAUUUUUAGGCACACAACAUUGGGAAUGUUUUUUCGACAACAAAAUGUGAUCAGUGAUAUUAUGUCUUUAUCAGCUGAACAAACACCUAGUUCACACGAUUCUACAUCAUUUACUGAGAAUGAUUCUUAUACUUAUCCUGAACAAACAGCUUCAUUAGAAUUUGAUAUUUCGCAGGCCUUGACAGAAGACCAGACAAGUCAAUUACAUAAUUUUUUAGUUGAUAAUGCGGAUAUUUUUUCUCAAGGAACACAUGACUUAGGUCGAACAUCAAUAGUCAAACAUCAAAUUUUUACGGAUGGUUCUCCUCCUAUAAGACAGAGACCAUAUCGAACUGCACCAACUCAACGUGAAAAUAUAACUCAGCAUAUUCAAUCAAUGCUCGAAGAUGAUAUUAUUGAACCUUCAGCUAGUCCAUGGGCUAGUCCAGUUGUCCUUGUAAAGAAAAAGGAAGGAUCAACCCGCUUUUGUGUUGAUUAUAGGAAGUUAAACGCGGUAACAAAAAAGAAUUCGUACUCUUUACCUCAUAUUCAGGAAUCUUUGGACUUAUUAGGCCAAACGCAAUAUUUUACAACCUUAGAUUUGUUUUCUGGUUAUUGGCAGGUAGAAAUGGACGAAUCGUCCAAAGAGUUUACAGCUUUUACAACUUAUGAUGGCCUGUACGAAUUUAAAGUUCUUCCUUUUGGAUUAUGUAACGCUCCAUCUACAUUUCAGCGUCUUAUGGAAAAUGUUUUGCGAGGAUUGAAUUGGAAAAUAUGUCUUAUAUAUAUUGACGACAUCAUUAUAUUUUCUCACUCAUUUGAAGAGCACUUAGCACAUUUAGAAUUGGUAUUUUCGCGUCUCAGGGAAGCGAAUAUUAAACUUAAAGCAACCAAAUGUCAUUUUGCGUUUUCCAAAGUCAAAUAUUUAGGUCAUAUUAUGUCUCGGAAUGGAAUUCAGCCAGAUCCCGAUAAAAUUAGUGCAGUUAAAGAUUUCCGGUCCCGAAAAAGGUUAAGGAUGUUCGCAGUUUUCUCGGCUUAG